AUGGAAGACGAGGACGAUAAUUUUCAAGAAGCGGAAGACCACUUUCAAGCGGAACCAGCCGGAAGAUUCUCAACGAUGAGCGACCUGAAGACUUCACUGAAGAAGCUCGGCGACAGCAACUACGCCGUCUGGAAAUUUCGGAUGGAGUUGGUGCUCAUUCAGGAAGAUUUGUUCGGCGUGGUGAGUGAGGAAAAACCGGAGGAUCCGGAUCCCGUUUGGAAGGCGAAGGACGCGAAGGCACGGGCGUUGAUUGGCCUGUCGGUGGAAGACGGUCAGUUGUGCCACAUCAUCAGAGCCGGUUCGAGCAAGGACAUGUGGGACGGGCUCAAGACGUACCACGAACGGUCUUCGUUAGCAAAAAGCAUGUCAGAGCAUCUCAACGAAGUGACAGUUCUGACAAACCGGCUUACUGCGAUGGGUGAAGAAUUGAAGGAGCAUUGGGUCGUCGCGAUGCUUCUGUCAAGCCUGCCUGAAUCCUACAACAGCUUAAUCACGGCACUGGAGAGCCGCCCAGAAUACGACCUGACCCUGGAGUAUAUCAAGGGGAAGCUGUUGGACGAAUGGAAACGCCGUGUGGAGAAUCAAUCGGAAGAGAAGCAUUAUAAGUAG